AUGGAGAGAACAGUCAAUUCGAGAUCGCUGUUCGAACAGCUGUUCGUCUUAGAGAAGGAUUACAACCAUCACUUAGCUCUAAUAAAAAGUAAAGAUGAAGAAAUAGAACGAUGCAAUAAUGCAAAAGCGAGGCUAGAGAAUUCUGCCGAGCAGAAUUUGGUCGAAAUGAAACAGCUGAAAUCAGAGAUUCGUAAUCUACAAGAGCGUUUGAACGAUGCAAACAGGGAACGCGAGCACGAGAAGAAAAUCUGCGAAGAUGUAAUAAAUAGUUUAACUGUAAAGCUGCAGCAAAUAAAACGCAAACAUGCGACGGAAUUGGAAGAAGGGGAGAACGAAUUACGGAGAAGGUGCAACGAAUUAGAGGACAUGCAUACCAAAAACAUCAACGAAAUUGACAAUAAAUACAAGAAAACCAUUAACGAUCUGGAGUCGGAUGUACAGAGACAAACGAGUACUGUUGAGAAAUUACGAAGGCAAUUAAAAAGUUUGAUGCAAGAUAAUAUGAUACUGCGCAAUAAUGCGAGGGAAUUGGAAUCACAAUACCUACCUGAAAUAACCAUUUACAAGGAAGAGCUUAAGACAAUGAGGUCGAGCAAUGCGAGUCUCAGUUCGGAAAUUGAAUUCCUCAGAAAAGAAUUUGGAAGUCGCGAUGUAAAUUUUGCGCGAAUUAAAUCGGAGAACGGGCAGCUCCGAGGGGACUUGGAACUGAAAACAAAUCAAAUAACGCAUUGCAUCCAAGAGAAGGCGAAGGUAGAGGACAGCAAUACGAAAUUAAGUGCUCAAAUUCGAGAUUUAAUUUCACGCUGCAGCGGGUUGACGGAAUGCAAAAAACGCAUGGAGGUUAGAAUCUCGGAGCUGGUGGAUGUUGUUCAAAACAGAGGAGCUCAGGAAACUACUGCUUUGGAUCAAAUUUCCAAGCAAAACGCGUUGUUGAGGGAAACGGUAAAAUCCAUGCGAGCCGAAAGGGAGACGAUAAUAAGCAAAGGACAAAUCGACGCGAGGGAGACGGAACGCAGGAUCGAGGGACUUGAACAACUUAUGGAGGAGCUCAAAGAGGCUUUGGGUGGUGGCGACGCGUCCAAGUAG